UGUGCUUGUGGGUGCCUGCAUAUUCCAACUUAGAGAAGGUUUUUUUGUCAAGUGUUCGAACCCCUAACUAUAAUUACCAUUUACAGUCUCACAGAGUGAGAGUUAGUGUCAUAUGACAGAGCCAAAAUGUUGGAUGACAUCAAGAAGCGGUUUGAAUUUCCUAAUGCAGUUAUUCAGUCACAGGCAGUGGGUCAUCUGAUUGCUGCAGUACUGAAAGAAAGUAUUUCUUCAGAGAAGAUCAGGCAGGCAUCUGACCAGACUCCUGCUCUGAACUUGCUUUGGGAGAAGUGCUGCAGUGAGAAUGUUGCCUUGCGAACAGCCUGCUCUGAGGGGUUGGUGGCGCUUGUUGCAGAGAAACAUGCUGAGCUUGACUAUGUUCUUCAUGGAGCUCUCAACCUGAUUCCUUCAGCAAGGAAUGUGCAUGGUUUAGUAAAAACUAUUUGGAAAUUACUACAAAUUCAAGCUAUUCAACUGGGAAAAGAUGGAGAUGAGACUGUUCAGAAUUUGUAUGGAAUCAGGAACACUCCUCAUCCAUUGAUUAAUGUCCUUGAAAACAGACCUGAUUGCUGGCCAGUUCUACUGCAGCAGAUAACAGUAUUUUUCCAUCAGUGUCCAGAGAGGGCACAGAGUUCAUGUGUUGGCAUAAUGGCUCCGUUUUUAAGAUACCUGUAUUGCGAACCAUCUCAGUUACGGGAAUAUGCUGAACUGCGAAUGGGUUUACUUAAGAUCUUACUUCAGCCUCAUGGUCCAAAGCACAAAGAAGCACCCUCCGUGUUGGAAUGCCAGAUUCUUCAACUUCUGUGUGAUUUGAUUCCACACCUUCAGCUUAAAGACUUACUGCAAGUUACAGAAGCCUUGUUUUUCCUGCAAGAGCUAUUCCUCAGCCUACUGCGGUAUCCUGUGUUUUGGAAAGUUCAGUUAUCCCAGUUUUGUCUGCAGCUGUUAUGCUUCUGUGAAGUGUGUUUAAAUGUAACAGGAGAAUGCUCAUCUUUGAUCUCCUUAAUAGAGGACAACUUUGAGCUCUUAAAAGAGGUAUUUCCAGUGGAACAGUGUAUAAUUGGGCUAGCGCUUCUACUGCUGCAAACACCAGAAAGUCAGCAAAAGUCUGUCUUGAGUCUAGCAUACAAGCUCCUUUCCUGUUCAGAAACCCAGAACAUCUCAACCACAGCCCUUACUUUGGUGAUGCCUGUGCUACAGAUCUUAUCUUCUACAACAGUUGGGGACUGCAUAUCAGAGGAUGAUUCUGGAACUACCAGGCAGCAGCUGGCUGUAAAUCUUUUGGGAAUAUUACAGGAGAAAGAUGUGAAGGAUAAAAAGGAAUUGGUGUCCUGCAAACUCCUUUUCCCCAUAACCAGCUCUUACAGCUCAUUGUAUACCACCUGGAAGAUCAUAGAGCUCAUGAAAGAGAAGUCUGCAGUUACUAACUGGUUAUCUUCAGUGAAAUCACUGUUACCUGUUACAACUCAAGUCCCUAUCCAUGUUUUUCUUCUUCUGGCUUAUCUACUGAUCCAAGAAAAUGGAGACAGUCUUCGUAAUGUACUCCAGGCUACUACGGCAAUAGCCAAGGCUGAUUGUUCUCAGGUCCCAAAUCUGAUCCCAGUUCUGAUUUUUAAAUUGGGAAGACCUUUGGAGCCUGCACUUUACAGGGAUAUAUUGUAUACAUUGCCUACACUGGGUGUACACAAGGUUUGUGUAGCUCAGAUUCUACGUGCCAUACACAUGCUGGGGAGCACACCAAAGCUUAGAGCAAUUGCUUUGCGGCUGAUGACAUCCUUAUGGGAAAGACAGGACCGAAUAUACCCAGAAUUACAGAAGUUCUUGGCGAUGUCUGAUAUGCCCUCUUUGUCUGUUGAUAAAGAUUCUCAAUGGGAAAAGCUGAUUGCUAAAGCUGCUUGCAUAAGAGAUAUAUGUAGGCAGAGGCCAUACCAGCACGGAGCAGACAUGUUGGCUGCAAUUUCCCACGUAUUAAAUGAAUGCACAAAACCUGAUCAAGCUUCACCCGCUGCCAUAGUGUUACAGGGUCUUCAGGCACUUUGUGAGGCUGAGGUUGUUUGCAUCCGUUCUACAUGGAAUGCUCUGUCACCAAAGCUGAGUUGUGAUACAAGACCCCUCAUUUUAAAAGCGCUGAAUGAAUUGUUUGCCCUGGUUCCCUCAUUAACAGUGAAUACAAAUGAAUAUGAGAAAUUCAAAGCUCAAGUUAUCAGCUUCCUUUGGAACAACACACAAAACAAGGAUGCUGUUGUAGCCAUUUCGGCCUAUAAGUCACUGUCGUCAUUUGGCUCUGAAGAACAUACAAUUCUUCAUCUUCCUGAACAGGCACGACCAGAAGUUGACUCACUGGAGGAGGCAGACAUGAAUGAAGAUGAAGAAGAGGAGAAGGAGAUGGAUCUUUUUGUUCCUGGUUCUUCAUAUAUCAAGCUGUUGUCUCUAACACCAGCUUCUGUUUUAGGAGCAUUUGAAGAGUUUGCAGCAUCUCUUGUGAAACAGGAAAUGACCAACAUGCCCCGUGGUGUGUAUCAUUCUGCCUUGAGAGGAGGGACCACACGCUCAGACCAGGGGAAGACCGUGGCAGGUGUUCCAAACUUCUUGCUGAAAAUGUAUGAGAGGAACAAACAACCAGGCAUGACACCAGGCCUUGCAGCUGGCAUGUUGUUAUGUUACGACCUUCCAGUCCAUAUGGGCAAGGAUGGUAAGCCUAUUAAUCGGUUUCUGGCCAGCAGGGGACGCAAUUUCCAGCAAAUGUUGGUAGCCCUCAUUCAUGAGGUUAACAUUCAGCCUUCCGAAUGGCACCGCUCUAUCCUGCUGCCACAGUCCUGGUUAGGAUUUAUGAGUCGAACCUACAGUGCAGUCCUGCAGGGGAGGCAGGCAGAGCUGGAGAUGCAGUUAAAACAUGGAAAAGAGGAUCCUGAAGAUGUGCAUUACAAACAAUUCACAGCCUGGCUCUGGGUCAGAGAUAUGUUGACUGAUGUCAUCAAAGGUGCUUCCAAAGACAGCCCAGUGGUGAAGGGAAACUCUAUUUUUGCCUUAACUGGUCUUGCAGUUGCUGUAGCCAAAUACGAAAGCAGCCUUUCCUCAGACACCGAAGGGAUGCCUGAGACCGAACCUGACUUUCUUCCCACAAAACACUGGAUUUCAAUGGUCACAGAGACCCUCUUUAGUAUUGUGAAUAGCCGCUAUCACCCUAAAGGUCAAGUCUUCCCAUGGUUCUACCAGAAAUCCUAUUCAGGUGAAAAUACUGCUAGUAUUAUAGCUCGUUCCUGUGCGGCCACUGCUUUGUCUCUCCUGGUGCCAGUUUUCAUUGUAUCGUGCAAGGAGAAGGUUGAGGAGGUCCUGAAUAUGCUGACUAGCAGGUUACCUGGGAAACCAAAUGCUGAUGAGUCUCAAGCUGUUCAAAUCCACGUGGGCCUUGGUCUGGGGAUGUUCAUCUCACGUUUAUAUGAAGAAAAAGUCAGUGAGGUACCCAGUCAACAGUUGAACUUAGUUCUAAUGAAGUCCCUGGAUGCGCUAGAAGACUGUUGUUUUGACACCACUCUGGAGUACAACACUGGAUGUAUUUUGGGAGUAGGACUUGUUCUUUCACUUAUGAGUCACAGUAGCCAAACAGAAUCGCGAGUGCAUGUUUCCGCUUCCUUGCGAAAACUCUGCAACUACCUGGACAGCAGUGAGGACCAAAGCAGAUGGGUCCAGGAGGUACUUGCCUAUUCUGUGGCCUGUUCCUGUGUCUCUGCUUUCAGUGUUGGAAUCAUUGAAGCAGCUGAGGCUGAGGAGGCCAUGAACAAGCUACGGACCUUAGUGGAAAAUAAUCAGCAGACCCAUGGUUUUGCUUUAGCUCUGGGUGCAAUAGUACACGGAUUGUCAACUUGUGGUCAUGGGAAAGCUGAAGACCUGAGUAACAGACUAAUGCCAGCCUGGAUAAAAAUUGUGCUUGCAGAGGGUUCUCCAACAAUGCAGCGUCUGGCUGCUGUCAAUGGGUUGGUUGCACUCGUGGGCUCUGAAGGAAGCAUGAUACAGCUGAAAUCUGAGAGCAUUCAGUCUUCCCAGUUUCAAAGUAAGCUGAAUGAAGUCAUCAGAACCCUUACACAGAUUAUCAGUUUUUCAGGGCAGAUUGGCCUUCAGACAAAUGCAGCAGGACUUUUGGGACGCCUUCAUAUGUCCUGUUUGUCUUCUACCCAGAGCAGGGCAUCCGUUCCUCCAGAUUUUAGCUACUUGCCUGAAAACAGCUUUAUCAGGGCAGCCAUUGACUUUGCCAUUGAAAGUGGAAAGAAAGGCCCUGAAUCUGUCCCAGUUGAGCUGAUGAAAGUCGCAUUGGCACCCAUUGCAUUAGUUGGAGAAAGCCAUCAGUAUCCACCUGUAAAUUGGGCAUCCAUUCUUUCUCCUUUGAUGAGGCUAAACUUUGGUGAUGAGGUAAAACAUCUCUGCCUUCAGCUGGCUGUGACACAGGCCCAGUCAUCUCAAAAUGCAGCAAUGCUUUUGGGGAUGUGGGUGGCACCUCCCCUUGUCUACAGUAUCAGUAUGAAAACCCAGAAAUACCUUUUCACGUCCCUGCCCCUGUGGAUGAAACAUGUUGCAGAAGACAAACUGCAGUCCUUUACAGAAGUGUUUCUGAUACAACAAUUUGAAGUGAAGAACCGCACAAAAAACCCAGAAAUCUGCCAGUGUGUUCUACAGGGGCUUAUGCAGGCAAUGAAACUUCCAAACGUGGCCCAGUACUGCUGGAGCUUUCUGUGCCAGGCUGUGGAGAAAGUAUUUGAGCUUCUACCAAAUGAGGUUCAGAGAGGGGAACUGGAGGUGUAUAUCGAUGUAGCAAAAUGCAUCUCAGAAAUGGCUGAUUCAGAGAUUGAUCGCAUUGUCCAGAUCUCUAAGAACAAUAUAGAGAAGGCCACAUUCACGAAAGUAUAUUUAAUUUCUCAAGGCAGACUGCCUCUGAUGAACUUCAGUGCUGUGAUUGAUACUGUGGCAGGAUAUCACCAGAAAGAAAAUAUUUUAUGGAUGCUCUUGCAUAGUUUCUAUCAUGCUCGUAUUGUGAGCCAUGAAAACACAGGAGUGCUGAAAAGAAUGGACUGGCUACUAGACCUGAUGGGCUACAUCAGAAAUCUAGCAUACAAGUCAACACCUUUACAAAAUGUCAAUCUUAAAGAGUGCAUAGAUUUUCUCCUGUGGCUGUUUGCAGCUUCUGUGGUGGCCUGGGCUGACCAUGGUGCACCAUUACUGCUUGGCCUCAGUGCUAACUGGUCACCGUGGAAGCACCAAACGAUAUUACCGGAAUUAUCUGAGGAUCACGUUGGCAAGCACCCCACUGACAAGCUUGCUGUGCAAGAGACUCUCACUCUCCUUCCAAGCAGCAUUUCCCUGUUGCUAGCUAAAGAGCCUUGGAAAGAACAAACACAGAAGUUUAUUGACUGGCUGAUCAAUAUGAUGGAAAGUCCUAAGGAAGCAUUAUCAAAAUCUUCCAUGGACCUGCUGAAAGUUACACUUCUGGCCUUGAGAUCUCUUGCAGAGUUCAAGAAGAAAGCAGUGUGGACUAAAGCUUAUGGGUGGUAGCUGCAUGCCGUAUCUUAUCCAAUGAAGAAAACUGUUCAUACUUGAAAGCAUAAUAUUACUAUUCAGGCAUCAAGACGACCAAUUUCAAAGAGGUUUCCUAUCAGAAGGUUUUGGACUUUUUUUCCUGUCCUUUUACCUCCUCCCAAAGACUUAUAAGAUGAAAAACAGAAUUUUGUUUUCCACUGUUGGGGUGUUCUUUUACAAACUACCUAGCAUGGUUUGAGCUGCGCUGAAUCUAAAUGAGAAAUACACAUUCAGUUGUUUCAAUUGAAUUGUUUUAGUGACACCUGGGAGCCUCGAAAGCUGGAGUGGAAUAUUCCUUUAACUCAUGGAAGCUUGGUAGGAAUGAAUAGAAGAAAAAAAAACUUGUAAAAUUUGUUUGGAUGCAGCCUAUUUACUAAAGUAUGGUUUAAUG